AUGGGUGACUGGAGCUUCCUGGGAGAGUUCCUGGAGGAAGUACACAAGCAUUCCACGGUGAUCGGCAAGGUCUGGCUCACUGUGCUCUUCAUAUUCCGCAUGCUGGUGCUGGGCACCGCUGCUGAGUCUUCCUGGGGGGACGAGAAGGCUGAUUUCCAGUGCGACACAAUCCAGCCUGGCUGCGAGAAUGUCUGCUACGACCAAGCUUUCCCCAUCUCCCACAUCCGCUUCUGGGUGCUGCAGAUCAUCUUCGUCUCCACGCCGUCCCUUGUGUACAUGGGCCACGCCAUGCACACGGUGCGUAUGCAGGAGAAACGGAAGCUGCGGGAGACCCAGGGCACCAAAGAAGGGCGGGGUGCCGGCUCUUACGAGUACCCAGCGGCCGAGAAGGCGGAGCUGUCCUGCUGGGAGGAGGUGAAUGGACGGAUUGUCCUGCAGGGCACUCUACUCCACACCUACGUGUGCAGCAUCAUCAUCCGCACCACCACGGAGGUGGCCUUCAUCGUGGGCCAGUACCUCCUCUAUGGGAUCUUCCUUGACACCCUCCACGUCUGCCGCAGGAGUCCCUGCCCACACCCCGUCAACUGCUACAUUUCCCGGCCCACCGAGAAGAACGUCUUCAUUGUCUUCAUGCUGGCCGUAGCUGGGCUCUCCCUUUUACUCAGCCUCGCUGAACUCUACCAUCUAGGCUGGAAGAAGAUCAGACAGCUCCUACCCAAGUCACAGCAGAGCACCGGCCAGCAUCACCUGCCCGGCUGCUCUGCAGGCACAACCCAGAACUGCACCCCUCCACCUGACUUCAGUCAAUGCUUGGCAAAUGGACCUGGGGGGAAAUUCUUUGGUCGCUUCAGUAACAAUAUGGCCUCCCAGCAGAACACAGACAACCUGGCCACCGAGCAGGUGCAGGGCCAGGAGCGGGGUCACAUCCACUAUGACCAGAAACCCGAGGUGCCCACUGAAGUCUCACCAGGCCAACACUCCACUCAUGGCUACCAAGGUGACAAACGCCGGCUUAGCAAGGCCAGCAGUAAGGCCAGGUCAGAUGACUUGUCAGUGUGA